AUGCCCCGAUGGGGGACGGCGGCGAGCCGCCUCUGCAUUCUCGGUCUGAAGAAGAUCGCCGAGGGCCCGCCCCGAAGGGAUCUCAGCCAGUUCCUCCCCCGCCGGAGCUCGUCCAGGGUUUCCGGUUCAGGAGCGCCGGAUUGGGUUUCGAAGGGAUCGUCAUCCGCUCCGAAGCCCCACGUUCGUGAACUAAACACUGAACGCCUUUUAUUUGUUUUUUUCAGUAUUUUCUUGAUUGCCAGAGUAUUCUCGAGCUAUAUGUUUUAUUGAAUGCCGGCAUGGUUAUGUUUUUUGGGUGAUCCUGUGUAUCUGGCUCUGUUUGAACUGUGUCUUCCGCGACGUUGAUGCUAUGUUUGCGAUCAAAACGAACCUCCUUUUGAGAUGACGAAAAUGCAGAAAUAUGUCGGGACGAAAUUUGUGGUUAGUUUUGUUUUUUUGAGCUUGCUGCGUCCGUCCAAUUGGCAAACGGUGUAAACCUAAUUAUUUCAGCUCUUGUUAUGUUUCUUGCGGCGAAACUGGUCCUUCUUACUCCGAAAGUGAUAUAUUCAAUCGGUUGAUUUCAAAUCACUGAGAUGACAAGUCCCAUAGCGACGAUAUAACCCUGUAGUCCUCGUUGGCUGGAGCUCCUGGGGAAGCCUAAAAUCCCUUGUAGGUGCUCAUCAAACGGAGCUUUCCUGAUUUUUUUAGGAUUAAAGAAAGCUUUCCCUGGCAAUCUUCUGAAAUUUACCGCGGCCAUAUUUCCCAGUAUCCUUGUUUGCCUCCUUCCCUAUUUACCUGAACUCCCACAGUUCUCAGAAGGAUCACCGCGGUUCCACCUCUCUAUUGGCCAUGUCCUCCAUGUAGAAGUUACCUUUGUCAAAGAAGGACCUCACCGCCACAUCUUAUAUAGAAGAGAUGCCUGUGUCAAUCCUAGGCAACCCCAAAUUGAUGGAAUCGGGCUAUGGCGAUGAUAACGAUGCAUGAAAAGGAAAGGCAUGCUGGUUGUAUUUCGGGGGGAUAUGAUUCUUGCUCAAUGAGGAAUUAAUUUGAAGCACACAUGAACUAAAUUGCCAUUUCAAUGCAGUUGCCUGAAGGCAGAUAAUUUUGUGACAUUCCAUUUGAACUGGGUGAGGACUAUGAUUGGAAUAUCUCUCCAUGUAUCGUUGGGCUUCAGUGAUGAGCAGCGGGAAUCUCAAUUCUGCUUAGACAUUACGUAAUAAUAUACACAUCUGUUUACUGAAGAUGACGGACGCCAUAAAUUGUACAGGCUAGGUUGAAUACUCUGUUUUGGUCGAAGCCUUGCUCGUUGGCUUUGGCCCCUGAUUCACCGCUGAGGAUAGAAGAACCCCAAUAUGAGGGUCUCAAGCGUAUACUGCUGAAGCUCAUGUUAUUUUACAGCAAACAGAGCAAAGACAUUAGAGGAGCAAACGUGAUUUAUAAGCGUGUCAUCUCACAGGUUGACAAGCCGGCCAUUUAUGAUGGUAUGUGUAUUAUUUUAUAAUUUAGCUCAUUUGACGCACUUCUAAGCAUGGAUUUUCUUAUCUGGGUCCUUACACUUGUUUUGUUGCCCUUUUCUAAAUCUAUUUUCUCGGCUGUGUGAUGAUCAUAUUGAGGAAGAAUGAGGCGAACCCCACCCUGAUUGUUAUCUGGGUCAGAUCAGGCUUGGUUGGUCUGGUUGCCCAACCUGAUUCCGGUUAUCAUGGUAUUUACAGAGAAAACAGAGAUCGCAGAGAGUGAUUAUCUAGAGAAGAGAAGUCAUUGGAGGUCAAGAGGCUGGGCAUUUGGAUUCGCCUCACUCAGCACAAUCAUCAUCGUUACCAUCAUCAUUCCUAUUCAUUGCAUCCUAUUUAGUUGUACCAUCCUGGUCGAAAAAUGAAUCAGCUGAAGUUUAAUAAUGGGCAUCUCUAAGAUGUUGAUUUCCUGCACUGCAUGUUAUCGUUCGUUCAUGUGUAACUCGUAGUGAACUUCUACUACGCCCGUGCAGUGUUCCAUUUGGAGAAGACCUUUAAAACAACAUUCUCUCUCCUCGUCCUCCACAUGUGGCUCGUCCUGCGCCGCCUGAAGGAAGAGGGGAAGGAGGGCGUGGAGCUGGGACAGUAUCUGUAUGAGUUAUACAACCAUGAUUUAGAGCUGAGAGUCUCUAAAGCUGGCGUGAGUUCCACCCCUCCUCCUCAUCAUCAUGUCUUCGAUCUUCAGCCGAUGUUGCUUGAGAGACUGUCCGUCCGUCAACCUGCUGCAGGUUAAUCUCUUGCUGACGAAAUGGAUGAAAGAUCUGGAGAAGAUAUUCUACGGCAACAUUGUUGCGUAUGAUGCUGCGAUGAGCACCGAGGCCAAGAACGAUGAUCUUACGAAUGUGAUCUGGAGGUAAGGUGGCGUCUAUUUUUGGACUGUGUGUUUGUUCUUUUUAGUGAUAGAUUGUUCCGUAGCCCUCUAGGUUUAUUGGCUAUGCUGAGAUUUCGGAUUUCUUCCACCAAGUUUGAUUAAUGCGAAGGUUUCUAGGGAGAAGUUGCCCAAACGUUGGUUGAUUUUGUGAAUGAAUUGAUUGGUUUGAUUUCCAGACUUGGUGGAAUAUGGGGUUCAUUCUCUCUCUCUCUCUCUCUCUCUCUCUCUCUCUCUCGCUCUCUGAAGGCGUUUCCUCUGAUGUUUCUCACAGGAAUAUUUUUGCCGAUGAUGGUUCGCCAAUGCCAAGUGAUGCUGCAGCGGAUCCUGUGAAGGUGAGUGUCUUUCUGAGUCUUUCUCUCUCUUCUAGUUCAUACGUCAUUCCUCUUCUGUGUUUUGGCCAAAUUAAGUAGGAGUCCUCAGCAUCUAGUGUUUUCUGAGGCAGAAGGAAUUCGAGCACUUGUCACAUAAUGGGGCUCCCUCUCUCUCUCUCUCUCUCUCUCUCUCUCUCUCUCUCUCUCUUUCUCCUGCAAGGCCACAUAAGUUCUUUCUCUGAUGUGCUUUCUUCCAGGCCUUUUCAAGGUAUGCCCGCAGGGAGUCCACGUGCAUGUCACUGACAGGUUAACUCUAUCUCUCUCUCUCUCUCUCUCUCUCUCUCUCUCUCUCUCUCUCUCUCUAAAUCUGACUGGUUCACUCUCUUGGGCAGGCAAGGAGGCGAUAUUCUCCGGCAAUUUCAUGUUCACGCCGUUGGAAAAGCAUCUUCCCUAG